CUGGUUUAGUGCGCGAGGAGCGGGCAUUGUAAACUACAGUACCUAACCAUGCGAAUGCCGUCAUAACAGCACUACAUGAAAUAAGGGUCAACCCCAGACUGGACGUUGUCUCGUUUACAGGAAGCGCGAGUGAGCCCCCCCGGAGCACAGCGGAUCCUGAUGAGUUGGGCUGGAGCGCUCGGCCGUUAUGGAUUUGAGUAAGAUGGGCACGAUCCACCUGCAGAACCCCGGCCACCCCACGGCGCUGCUGCACAAGGCCAACCAGAUGCGCCUGUCCGGCACCCUUUGCGACGUGGUCAUCAUGGUGGACAGCCAGGAGUUCCACGCGCACCGGACGGUGCUGGCCUGCACCAGCAAGAUGUUCGAGAUCCUGUUCCACCGCAGCAGUCAGCACUACACGCUGGACUUUCUCUCCCCAAAGACCUUCCAGCAGAUCCUGGACUACGCCUACACUGCCACACUACAAGCCAAGCUGGAGGACCUGGACGACCUGCUGUACGCCGCCGAGAUCCUGGAGAUCGAGUACAUCGAGGAGCAGUGCCUGAAGAUCCUGGAGACCAUCCAGUCGUCCGAGGAGCACGACUCGGAGAUGGCGCUCACGGACAACGGCACGGAGGAGGAGGACGAGCGCCGGGCAGGAGGAGGCGGAGGAGGCGGAGGCGGAGGCCGCCACCUCAAGAGCACACUCAUCUCCAAGAAACAUUCCACGGCCGAGGGCCUCUUCGCCGCGGGCGCGCGCCACCACCGCCUGGCGCUGUCCGCCGCCGGAGACCUGCGUAUGCCCACCGGCCUCGGCGGGUCCCCCCACGGGCACCACCCCACCCUGAGCCCCACCAAGGCGGCGGUGGACACCCUGAUGAGCCUGGGCCAGUCGCUGGCGGCGCAGGCGCCCAUGGAGCGCGUCAAGACCGAGGUGAUGCAGGUGGACGAGGCCUACGGCCACGAGGGCCUCGGCGGCGGCGGCUCCUCCAGCAACGGCGACGGCAACGACGGCGGCCGCGGCCAGGACGGCCCGGGCACCCCGACCCGCAGCAGCGUCAUCACCAGCGCCCGCGAGAUGCACGUGCCGACGCGCGACGACGGCGGGCCCGACAUCCAGAUGGACGUGGGCGCGGCCGGGCUGGCCGGCAUGGCGGGCCUCGCCGAGCGCCACCUGGCCUCGCUCUACUCGGCGCUGCCCGCCAGCCACGGCGGCAUGGCGGCCUCGGUGGCGUCGGCCAUGCCCAUGUCGCCCUCGCUGGCCAUGUCCAUGGAGCUGGGCGCCUACGGCAGCCUGCUGCAGCAGAGCUUCAUGCAGCGCGAGUUCUUCAGCAAGCUGGGCGACUACACCGCCGCCGUCAAGCAGGAGAGCCAGGCGCACAUCGACCGCUGCGACAUCUGUGGCGUCGAGCUCCCCGACAGCGAUGCCGUCGAGCAGCAUAGGAAGCUACACAGCGGGAUGAAGACGUACGGCUGUGAGUUCUGCGGGAAGCAUUUCCUGGACAGCCUCCGACUGAGGAUGCACUUGCUGUCACACACAGGUUCUGACAUGGCCGUGUUCUGUCUGCUGUGCGGGAAGCGCUUCGCGGCCCAGAAGGCUUUGCAGCAGCACAUGGAGGUCCACGCCGGCGUGCGCAGCUACAUCUGCAGCGAGUGUGACCGAACCUUCCCGAGUCACACCGCACUCAAGCGACAUCUCCGCUCACACACAGGUGAUCACCCGUUUGAGUGUGAGUUCUGCGGAAGCUGUUUCCGUGACGAGAGCACGCUGAAGGGACACAAGCGCAUCCACACCGGCGAGAAGCCUUACGAGUGUAACGGCUGCGGAAAGAAGUUCAGCCUCAAGCACCAGCUGGAGACGCACUACAGAGUACACACAGGAGAGAAGCCGUUUGAGUGCAAGCUGUGCCACCAGCGCUCCCGCGACUACUCGGCCAUGAUCAAGCACCUGCGCACCCACAACGGCGCCUCGCCCUACCAGUGCACCAUCUGCCAGGAGUACUGCCCCAGCCUGUCCUCCAUGCAAAAGCACAUGAAGAACCACAAGCCGGAGGACGUGCCCGCAGACUGGCGCAUCGAGAAGACCUACCUGUACCUGUGCUACGUGUGAGCCGGACGGCCCGACACUCAACCCCACGCGGCGAGGGAGGAGGGGGCGGGGAGUGCGCACGUGUAUGUGUGUGUGUGUGUGUGUGUGUGAAUGUGGGUGACUGUGUGUAACUCAUAGUUAAUUCAAUCCAGCUUACAGGGUUUAAGGGCUGGCGAAGAGGAGCAGUGACAAGCGGGAGUUACUAGUUACUGAAGUGGUUUUGUGUCUGAUUCUGUGUGCCGUUCGUGUGUGUGUGUGCGCGUAUGUGGGUGUGUGUGUGUGUAUGUACAGUACAGUACUUCUCUAGUUCUUCCACUCAUGUUCACUGUCUGGUGUCUGUGGAUGUGCUCAUAAGGUUGACAAGUCACAGCAGGCUGGAGAUAAGCCUCCCACGGCGUCUGUAGGUUGGGGUGGAGUUCGGGGUGUUGGGGUUGGGGACAGGAUCGGUUAUGUAUUUCCUGUGAAAUUGAAAAAAAUAAAAUAAAUAAGCCAAGCAGGUUAGUCAGUGGCCGUUCCUAUCUGGUCAGCUGGCACGGCUUGGGCACAGUUCUACCAGCGUGUGGUCUUCAGCUUGGGCACUUACUGGUAGACGGAACUCGAUUCACCAGUGUCACCAAAUUACGUUGCGAAGAAGAUUAAAAUGGCAAAGAUUGUUCAGGGAUACGAAUCAUAAUGGAAAUGGACAUAACUUCACACCGUAGCAGCACUUUGUGUUGACUUAUAUAUCUCUAUAUAUGGAUGGUUCACACAUCUCACACAGAUCUCGCACACACACACACACACACACACACACACACACACACACACACACACACACACACACACACACAUUCAGUAUAUUGUAAUCACAAGGACAAAGACGACGCGGCUCUCACGAUCGGUCUGCUAUACGCUUCAGCUGCUCAUCUAUCCAGUGCAUAUCACGCUCCUCAUACUCUGCUUUUGGUUCCGUUGUCCUCUCCGCUCCUACAAUAUUAAUCUGCAGCUGUGCAUUUAGUGUGUGUGUGUGUGUGUGUGUGUGUGUGUGUGUGUGUGUGUGUGUGUAUGUAUGUACGUGUGCGCUUGUCCAGUGCUGCCACUUUCCUCAGUGGUCUUCAUCAAAUCAGUUAAAACUUUACCCUAGCGUGUGUGUGUGUGUGUGUGUGUGGUGUGUGUGAAUGUGUGUGUACGCACGCAUGUGUGUGUUUCCUUUGUGUGCAUCAGUAGGUGAUGCGUGAAGAUGCUUGAACAGUGGUUUCUCGGAUGUUAAUAGAGUUGUGGUGAUGUUAACAUCAUGUGUGUCCACAUGUGAUAUAUAUAUAGAUAUAUAUAUAAAAAAAAGAAUCAAAUGUGAUUGUGAAGAGAGUGACAAUGUGUCAUUUCACUGUGCGUCCGAACAGGGAACAAAGUGGGCGUGUUGGGGUUUGUCUGGCGCCCGGCCUCCUGCGCUUUGGCAUCGUGAUCACUUUGCUUUGUGUUUGUUUUUAUUUUUGUUGUUGUUUUUGUUUUCUUUGUUCUGUUGUUUUUUGUCUUUUUGUUUUUUAAUCACAUUUUUACUUGAAAUACCUCAUUUCUGUGACCUCAUGUGCUUGAUGUGAUUUUUUUUUGUAUUUUGUUGAUGAUGUUCUACUGAGUUUGGAGUUAGGAAGUGAGGAGAGACUCUGGGAUUACGUUACCGGCUGCUAGACUUACGCAUCUGCAGUCGUGAAGAUGGCAGGUUGUUCUUUGUUUGUUUUUUGUUUUUGUUUUCUUUUUUUGUUUUGUUUUUAUAUUUGUUGUGCAUUUCUUACCAAAAUAGGUCUUUUUGUUUUUUAAUCCUACUGUACAUCUGUAAAAGCUGUUGUUUUAUUUGUCUUUCCAGUCAUCCUAUUACGCUACCUCCUCAUUCUUUCCUGUUUGCACAAACAUUUGUUGUAUCUUUGAUUUGCAUUUUAAUUGAAACUCCAUCUCAUGCUUGGUCUAAGACGUCUCCGUUUUUGCGAGUGUUAUUUUGCAAAAAUGAUUAGUGCAAGUCACAGACAGAAUCAUUUAAUCCCCCCCAACCCCCCCACCCCCACCCCACCCCCCCACCCCAAACAGCAUACACUCCGGUCUGGAGUUGCGGAGGAGAACACGCUAGCCUUCAGAAUGAGAUGAUGUGUCGUGUUUUGUUUUGUGUUGUUGUUCUCGCUGACCGGUGUCCGAGGCGUGGGAUACGUGGCGUAAAAAAGAGAUUGAAAGGGAUACACUUGAAGAUCAUGUUCAAAAUGAAUUGCUGUUUUUUAUGUGAAAAAUGGUUUUUGUAAAGUUGAAUCACGCAGGACUGAUUGCAGUGAUAGGGAGUGUAUCAUACGGUUGUCGUGUGCUGAAAGUCUUUUUUUUUGUGAGAAAAGAGAGAAAAAAAAAUGAGUACAGGAGAAGCUGCCCUCCUAUGGGGGAUGCGCGGCAUCAACAUUCUCCAGUCCUCCUAAGAGCCAAAAGAGGCACUUUGACAUUGAAAAAAAAGUAUUUUUGUAUUACAUUAAGGUGUGAUACCUUGUAGUCUUUCGAGAUUUGAAGAGAUGUUUUACAGAAUUCUCUCCAUUGUGCGUUGUUGAGUAAAACUGUAUUUUCUGUGCCUCUUUUUGCAGAUGUUUGUGAUGUGAAAAAUCUCCUGGGUGUUGUUUCUUUGUUGGUGAAGGUACUAGAUUAUUUGUUGUUGAUCCAAAAAUGCAUAGCAAGACAAGGAAAUCCGACUGCACUCGCGCCAAUAACUCUUUGCUGUUCUGUAAACCCUUCUAAUGCUUACUGUGUCUGUGAGAACCUGUGGGGUCGGAGGAGUCGGAGAGAGCGGCUGGCAUCUCUGUCUAUUUUUGUUAACACUGUGACUUCGAUGAUUACAUGCACAGAUAUUUUUUUCACAGUAAUUCGAGCGUCAGUAGCUGAUGCAAUGUUUUAUACAUUUGUGUGUGUGUGUGUGUGUGUGUAAUGUGAACUAGGCUCUUCGGUGUGUGGCCCUUCUUAAUUGUGGAAAAUGCACUAUACUGAUCAGAAGAGUCUUUGAAGGCAUUGUAUAAAGUAAGAAAGCCCCUUCAUCCCACCCUCAUGUUCCCACUGUGGAAACAUACCGAUUUAUUUCGUUGACAUUAUUAACAGAAUUGGCAGAUUAUAUUUUGGCCUCAGAAUCGACUAAAUGGCCACAUUACCUUUAGUCAGAAUAUGGCAACUUUUUUUUAUUAUUUGCCAUCCCUCGGGUCUAUACUGAGAACAAAAAAAAAUUAGAUGAGUAAAAAAAAUGUAAAAAAAAAUAAGAAGUAGAAACAUUCAAGUCUCUCUGCCUUGUCUCUCUUGUCAUGUAGUAUUGACAACGUUUUUUUCUUCUUGCCGGGGAAGUCAAGAUUUUUUUCAUGAGCUGUUUUUUUUUUGUGUCCUUAAAAAUCAGAGCUAAUGGGUGUGUUAAUUUUCUUUGAUAACCAUUUGUGUAAGGGCCCUAUAAAACCAGGCUGGUGGUGUGUGUGUGUGUGUGUGUCCGUGUGUGUCAUGGAGUAUAGAGCAACCACUGCCUUUAGAACCACAGUCGUGUGCAUCCUUCUUCACUUACAAUAACACAGUGGGUGUCAUCAGCAAUAAUUCUAUAGGUUUUGGGAGAGGGUGAAAAAAGUCCUGGCUUCCCUGGUUUUGGGAUUUGGGCUGGAGUAGCAUCCGAAGCCUUCGUUCCUCGAGCUGAGCUGUAGGUGCCAUGUGUGUACGCGUGUCUUAGCCCUUAAGAGACUCAGCAGACUGAGGAACUCCAUUGGACCAAGAGAAACGAUGCGUUCUCCUAAAACUUUUUACUUCUGUAUUUAGUCUUUGCCCUGUGUUUAAACUGAAUUAACUUUUUGUUUUUUUGCUUUUGUUGUUGUUUUUUUGUUUGUUUGUUUGUUUUUGUUUUCCUUUUUUAUGAUUGAUUUUAUGAAGAUGUCUACCUCAGCACCUGUCAUUAGUAUAAACGUUAAGGUGCCCAUUUAAAGAUAUAUAGUUUCUUUUGUCCUGUUCUUUACUUUCUCUUGUGCACAUAUCAUAGCGGCUUUUCCACUCUGUAGCUUCCUGUUGGCCAGAGACUGUGUUCACUGAGUAGUACUCGCUCGCUGGCUGGCUCAAGUGUGAGUUCUGUGUGCGUAUGUGUGUGUGAGUGUGAGUGUGUGCGUGUGUGUGUAUGUGUGUGUGCAGUGAUAACUGUGCUGCUGCUGACGGACCUGUUUAUAUCCACCAUCCGUUUCCGUUCUCUUUUUCGUGGGCUCAGACACAUCGGUGUGACCUUCUUCAGUGUUCUCUGGAAUGUGGAAAAAAAUAAAAAGGUAUAAAAGCAACUUGCUGCUGCAGGUUUCCUUUGCCAUGGUUUUGUCUGUAAGUGAAGUUUGUGCCUUUAAUGUUGAAAAGAGUAUUUUUACACCCUACUAACGGUAGAUUGUUUUGUAGUGAUGAUUUUUUUUUUUGUUUUGUUUUUGUUUUGUUUUGUAUUUUGGUUCACGAGUCCUUUAGAAGAUGACGAUGUUCUGUUGUCCAUGUCAAGCCUGCAGUUAGAAAUAAAAUAAAUAAAUCUG